AUGUCCUCAGCGGGCUCCUCACCCGUGGCGAUGCAUAAUGUCGCGGGUCCAGAUGAAGAUGAUCCCGAAAUACCCAGACGACUGAUGCAAGUCAAAGUCAACUACUCGUUUGACGAGAACAAUAACAUCAAUUGUCUUGCUCGAUUACCACAUCCAAUGAAUAUACCGACAGUCCAAAUGGAUGAUCUAGUUCAUGUUGGUCUGAUUGAGCUUAGAACUUGUAUUCAAGCCAUUAUGCAGCGCAGCCCGGAGCUAGUCGGAAAACUCAACAGCCACGACUACACAGUGUACGCAUACGAUUACUCUGAGCUCGAUACACCUCUUGUUGGGCAAGGAAUGCUAUCAUGGGUACUCGCAGCUAUAUCACCAAAUUCAAAUGCACCGGCACAUGAGUCAAAAACGAUGGUUACGGGCCGUGUCUGCAAGACGGCCAUGGCAGCCUUCACGAAGGGCCCUCGUGAGACACUGGACGUCAAACUGAAGCUGGUGCCGGUCCCUGCACUGGUACAAAAGGAAUAUGUGGACAACAUGGAAACGUACCGUAGUUUGAGCCAGGUUCAUUUGGGCAAAUAUGACACCAGCUCGCUACCUAUGUUCAUGAGAGAGACCUCUGGUGGCGAUGUCAGUCAACAAUUUAUACGCGGAUCUUCGCCACUACCGCAAACUCGGCCAGCUUCGCAAAGGGAUAACUCGAGAGACAUAGAAUCGGUCCAUCAACUCCUUCGCCAGAAUUCAUUCUCCGAUGGCCCAAGUCCUUUCCAGCAAGAUUCGUAUACGCCAAACCAAUUUACCAGCCAAACGAGCCGUGGACCGAGCCCAGCCCCAAGCUAUCACUCAUCAUCUACUUUUCAGCAAGGCUUGGAUGCCAUGUCAAGACCAGACUCCCGCGGCUCGAAUCGAAGUGAACGUCCAGCUCAAGGCAGGAUGGACUCUUUCGAAUCAGCUACCAUGUCCGACGCACAAGAUGAGCCACCUGUGAAGAAACGUGUACACACGACAAAAGUAAAAUCACGAAGUAAAUCUGCGUUCGGAGUGAAUUCAGACUCUCUUCUACAGACGGCCAGUACCGCUAACUCAGUUCGAGUGUAUCGCCCGACUCCUCUAGGUGCCGGGCAGCCGGUCCAUCAGUCUGUAGAACCUCCCCCGAGAGUACCAACACCAAGACCCGGGAACAUACCUGAGCCUGUACGGCGGCGCUUGUCUAAUGGUACUAGUUUGCUCCGUCAAGCUAGUUUCGCAUCAUCAAAUCGAGAGGGUUCCGAAAUUGGCACUGAUGGACCGGAUGAUGCAGGGAGCAUUAUUUCAGAGACACCAAUGGACUUUCCUUCAUCUCCACCUGAGAUCCGGUAUGACAACGACACUCCGCCUCCGUCAAGUCCACAGCUUCCAGCAAAACCUUGCCCCGUUGACUCAGGUUUCGUAAGCGAUUGCAAUGUGGACUCAGAAGGCCCGGUCAAAGUAGUAAAACCUUUGUAUCAUCAGCAUGUGACGAACAUUCUAGACGAAACUAAAGAUCCGAGCGUGCCAAUAGCUCGGCCAUGGCCUCCUGUUGAGUACCGAAAUCAACAUCAGCCAUGGAUGGCUGUAAUGCCUGGCCCAGCGUCAGCAUUACCGACUACAAUGAGGUACACACAGAACCUGAAUCGACCUCGGCAGAACCCCAUGGGCCGACCUGCACCCCCUAAAGCACCUUCUAAAGCAUCAUCUAAAGGCCCUGCAACCGUACCGUCCGUGGUUCCACAGCCUCAGAAGCCCGGAACCUACACUUCACCUUAUGCGCAGCUACCACCACAGUCCACUCCGAGUUCGGAUCAGCGAGCUACUGAUUCAAAGCAUUCCAUAAGUGAAAACGGCUCUGUAGCAUCCGGCUUAGCCGAGCCUACAGUUCCGUCUCAGAAUGCACGGAAAUCUACCAUAUCUCAAGGUUCCGACGCCGGCUCGAUUUCCUCAGCCAAACCGGCCCAGUCUAAAUCAACUGCGAAGUCACUUCGCAGUCUAGGGGCGACUCGCAAGAAAAUCCUUGGAAAGCACCUCGAGGAAUGUCUAGCAACGGGUGAAGUGCCAAGGUAUUGCGGCAAUUGCGGGGAAAUACAAACGAGUACCUGGCGUAGAGCGUACACUGCUGUCUAUCAAGGCACACCAAAUAAUGUAACGCUGACCAAGAACUUUUUCGAAGAAGGUGGCGUCGUGGGCGUCGAAGUUAUCCUGAAAGAAGAUCCCACCGCUCCUUCCACCGAAUAUAGAGUCUAUAAGAAAAGGCCCACUCAGUUCGAGAUGGACCAAGGACACGUAGAGUUGGUAUCCCUCUGCAAUCCCUGUGGACUAUGGUUUGAUAAGUAUGGUAAUAUGCGACCACCAGAACGGUGGGUUGAUCAGCGGACCAAGAAGCCGAAAUCCAAAGCUCCAUCCAAACCUCGACCAAGAAAAUUGCAAUCAAAAGACAAUCAGUCUGGCCUGACUUUCGAGCUGUCCCAGGAGCCGCAGCCGGCCUUGCACACUGGCAAUAAUGUGACAGAAGAUAUAUGCCCAACCAUGCCAGAACCGCCUGCAGAAUUGAUUCAAAAACGGCCUCGAGCAGCGAGUAUAGGGACAGAAAGAUCUGAAAAGCUCCAACGCACACAAUGGGCGGGAGACGUCGCUGCAGCUGCUUUGCAGAGAGCCAUCCAAUCGAGCCCGGCGAGACACAUCGGCUCACAACAAAGCCCUAUCGUACUCGAGUCUGACCUGACUCCCAAGCCAGUCCGUCGGAGUUUGUUUCCUUCACCGCGCAAGAUGGGCGAGUUUAAGGCACUCGGCGAUGGUGUAUCGCCGCAAAAGUUUGCUUCACCUACCUCUGUUUAUGCUACAGAUGCUCCUACCACUGUUGCUCCUACCCCUUCAGAAUCUGAUAUUGCGGACAGCGAUAAAGAGAAUUGCGCACCGGCGAACAAUGAUGACGGCCUGGGCGAUCUAUUCGGAGAUGGUGACAACUUUUCGGACAUUUUCAAGACGCCCAAAAGCCAACCACGGGUUCGAUCAGCAGUAUCUUCAGCUUCCAAAAACUGGACACCUACCACGCCGUCGCGUCGCUCUCGCAAUCCACUCACUCAUCUUAGUCCUAAGGCGCCGGCUUCCAAUUCCAAAAUCGCCGCUCUAGACUUGCAGCUUGCGACACCAUCGCGGCGGAGCGUACGCAGAGGAAGCAUAUGCAUGAGCGACAACAUUAAUGCCAUUCUCACUGAUAUAAGGUCAACGCCAUCCCGAAACAAUGACUUGUGGUAUUUCACCGAUCCAGAGCAUCCGACGACCGGCCUGUCAGAAGACUUGUUCGCUGAUUACAUGGAGAGUGACUGGCCCGCCAACAUGGACACUGAUGCUGCAUUCAGUUCUGAUAUGCUCAUGCCGAGCAGUGAUGGGCCAGAAUACUUCAAACUGUACGAGGACUUCCAUGGAGGCGAUUCUGCGAUCACAUGGAGUUUAGAUCACACUUUCAUAAUGGACAAUCAAGAAAGCACGGGUCGUAGUGUUGUUCAUGUUGAAACAGACGACAAGGAGAGAGUACCCCCCGUGGCAAAUACGGAUGUAUCACAAUGCGAGAACGUCAGCAGUAAAAAGGUGCAUGUAGCACAAGAUUUUGAUGCUUUGCUUGAGAGCAUGGGUCGAGGUGAGGAUACAGAGCUGCAUAGUCAUCAUUUGCCACAAGAGAGUGUGAAGCAGAUCGAGGCGGAUGGCAUGGAUACUGGGGGGAGGGAGGAGGAGCCAGUUCAUCUCAUCGAUAAUGCUGGGACUUUUGUUUCUUGA